GUCCCCCGCCGGAACGGUCGCUGGGAGGAGGUCGCCGCCGCCAGGGUCGCCACGGAGGACCAGAGAGACCUUUACCCUUCAUACUCCUGUAACCUAAGUCAUGGGCAACCAUGCAACGUCGGGUGAGCGUCGGGAUCGGAAUAAACCCGGCGACUCAUUUCCGCCAUAUUCUCCGGGGAAGAUCGAUGGCCAGGCAUUCACAUUCGACAAACACAAAGGCCAGAAGGGCCUCCAACAACAGCCUUCAGAAGAGGAGCACGAACCGGUCGUCAUCAAGCCUAAACAGCAGUCAGAGAAAGAAAAUGAGGACCCAGUGCCUGCUAGACCACGACCGGUGCUGACGCAAGGUAACAAGAAGAUGCUCCCGUUUGUCAUUAAGUGGGCAGGUGGAGGGCAGGCGGUUGCUAUUGCUGGAACAUUCAGCGACUGGCAACCACUUCCCAUGGUCAAGAGUGAGAAAGACUUCGUAGCCAUCGUGGAUCUGCCGGAAGGCCAGCACCAGUACAAGUUUCUGGUGGACGGAGAGUGGAGACUUAACCAAAGCGAAAAUGCCUGCACCAAUGAAUUGGGGUCACAGAACAACACCAUUACCAUCAACGAGAGCGACUUUGAAGAGUUCGAAAAUGCGCUUCUGCGCGACCCCAACGAUGACAACAAGGAUAAACCGUUGAGCAGUCAGUCUCAGAAUAAGGAAAGAGUUGAGGAGGAAAAAAAGGAGGAAUUUAGCCAGGAAAUUCCCGAAUACCAACAGUCUGAGAAAAUCCGUGGGCCGCCAGUGCUACCGCCUCACUUGCUCCAGGUCAUCCUCAACAAGGAUACCCCCAUAUCCUGUGAACCGACACUCCUUCCCGAGCCAAAUCACGUGAUGCUGAACCACAUGUAUGCGCUGAGCAUCCGUGACGGGAUGAUGGUGCUGUCGACGUCCCAUCGCUUCCGCAAGAAGUGCGUCACCACUCUUAUAUACAGACCCAUUGAAUAGCUAAAAGCUUGCUUUUGAGGGACUCCUGGAAGACAUCUGGAUUGACAUUGAAAGUCAAACGCUGAUGAAAUGAAUGACGAGCAAAAUGUGGAUGUCAAGCGCAAAAAGUUGGACUUGAACUGUUGGCUCAUCCUUAUUAAUCAUCACCUGAAACUUAGAUACAAUUUGCUGAUCAGGGUUAAUUCACUAAGUACAGCACAGUAGUUUUUUCAAGUUCUGAUUGUAUCAUAUUCUGCAAUGCUGCUUGUAGGGGGUAGUGUGGUUUCUAUUCUGCAUUUGCUUCAAAACUUGUUAACAAGAAACGGAUCGGGUGCAUGGAACUGCUUAUAAUAUGGGUUGAUAUAAAGAGGAGCUGUCAUGUGUGUGAGGCAAUGGGCCUUCAGCGGUUAUCUUUAUUAUGUUCUUAUGUUAACGUACUCCAAGAGUUGUCUACUGUACACUAUUCGAGACGAGCGUCGUGCAGUUAGUGUACGCAGGUUAAUGUUUUUAGUAGGUAAGAGUAAAAGACUAAUGUUCAUACCCCUGUCACGGGCGCAAAUAGUUUGAGGUUUUCUGAUAUAAUUAGCAUAUGUGAAAUUAGUUUCCUCCCGUGCUUGCCAUUUGUGUUGGCACAUUAUGCCUCGGCUGAACCCUGCACUGGCUUGUUUGUCUAACAUCCUGCUUCACAUGUUUCGAUGCUACGUACUUUAAUCUCUUGGCUCAAUUUGCCUCGGUUAAGCAUUGCAUCACCUUGUUUGUCCAAAGGCAUCGUCUGUCACUUUUUUGACUGGCAGAAAACCCAUUCUUGACCUCGUCCAUGUCUGCCUCUUGUUUCUGCUCCUUAUUUAGGUCACGAGCUCUCAAUUCUACUCUAGUGUUCGGUUAAUGUUACACUCUUAUUAUGUUUACUAUUGGAGUGUCUUUUAUUCGUGAUAGUUUAUUUACGACUGUUUAAUUAAUACCAGAUGUCCUUUUAAGUCUUUGUUGCUUCUCCAGUUUAAUCAUUCUUAUACUCCCCCUUCCACCUCUUUUCCCAUUUCGUUUUUUUUUUUUUUUUUGCAUUUUUUCUUUAAAUGUAAAUUAGUUAUUGCUUUCAGACUUGUGGGGUUGGGUGAAGCUCUCCCUUAGUACGUACCAAGAUGCUGGUUGUGCUUCUGAGGGCAUUACAAGGGAGAUCAUAGUGGUUUGUACCACAUUUAUUGCCCGUUUCACUGUAGCGUGCAUGGUCAGUCAGUGCUCGUGAGAAUGUCAAAUGUGUGAUCAUACGAAUAAGUUUUAUCCCUACAAACAGACAAUGUAACUGUUCCUAUGAUUCCCUUGUUACAACUUGUAAUAAAGUUGUUACAUCUUGUUAUAACAUUUUUAUGACGUAUUAGAAUGUUGUUACAACUUGUUAUAUUGGUUGUUGCAAUUGUUAGAAGGUGUUAAACCUUGUUCGAACGUUGUAGCACCGCCGUAGUUUCAUCGUGUGUUUGGCGGGAUAUCUAUUCUUAGAACUAAUAGAUGGAAACUCUCCUAUGAUCAAGGUUGCCAGAGUCUGUGAAAUCUGUAUACAAAAGUGCCUAUGUAUGUCAUGGUGAAGUGUGUGAUCACUUGUGACAGUGUGAUUUCGGGGCUCCAUUUGACUUUCCAAAAACCAUUUUAUGCAUCGAUUGGAUCCACGUGUGCAAUUUCAUUGGUCUUUUUCUCUCUAUGCUCUGAUGCACUGCAAUAAAUACUACAUAUGUAUAGUCACACAGGCCUAUUGGUCAGGUUGGAAAACUGAAGUAUUCUUGAAUUUAUUUACCCAUUUUGGUAGUAAAUAGUGAUUUUUGAGUUUGGUGAUCUCAUGACAAUUCUGAUGCAAAGUAAUCUAGAAUUUGAAAGUCAAGAUCACUAUUUAUAUAUAUGAGAAAAUAUUGUUGCUGCGAUGAAAUCGAAUUCGCAUCCCUAGACACACUGUCAUGCGCACUACUGAGUGAACUACGGUUAGUCAGUAGUGCGCGCGCGAACAGAGACUCGAGGGAUGUAGAUUCCAUCCCACUGCAUGACCUUAAUAUUUUCUCAUGGCUACAUCACACACUUAUGAUUUCAUUGUGCAGUAUUGUAUAUGUUCAUUAUGAUCAUUUUGACAAUCGUGAUAAUGCUGAGACUUGACGAGGUCAUGUAUAAGGCCAUUAUAAAUCCUUAAAUAAUGAUAUCUUGCAUAAUUAUGUGCAAUAAUUAAUGCUGGGAUUUGACAGUGAAAAGGUUUGCAUAAUUGUGUAUAUAUAACAUACAGGGGGAAGGGUGUGAGGGAGGCAUAUUCUGGAAGGUGGCUUGAUUGUUUACUGUAUAUUGUACAAAAACAUUAUAUAUUAUAAUUUAAGCAGUAACUAUAAAUACAUUUGUUAUCAAGGGCGGCUCCUGACUAAUAUCUGACUGUUGCCAAUCUUGUCCUUUCAUAUUUAGAUUUUUUUUUUGUAUUCAGGUAAAGGUACAUACAUUGAAGAUGAGUUACAAACAUGAUGUUGGAAUUUAAAGAAAGAGGUAGUACAUGUAAUACCUAAAGCCACUAGUACGCAUAGCGUUUCGGGCAAGGUGAGGGGCAAAACACUUAGACUAAAACUUAAUAGUAAUUGAGCUUAAAGUAUAAAUUGUGUUGAAGUAUAUAUUUGUGUUCUAUGUGUUUCAUCAGACAAACUUCAUCAGUUUUAUCUUCGUAUUGGUAGACUCUUCGUUCAGCUCAGAAAUUCCAUGUUGUGGCUUUUUUUUUUUUUAAUAUCAACUUCUUUGACAAAUUUCUUUGUUCACCUUUCCUUUGUGCAUCUUAUUGGGUUUCAUUUAUACAUAUAUCAAUGAUUGUAUGUAUACUGCAUGUAUAUUUUUACUGGAUAUGUAUGUUGUAUUCUAAUGUUGUUUAUAUAUGACGUAAAGAUGCUUGCUACUUUUCGA